UCAGCAGUCAACUCGCCCAAGAGCGGCUACCGCUCAACUACCUCCGGCCGGAAAGCAAGCAAGAACACGAGCGAGACCCCCCCAAUUUCGCACCACCUUUUCCGACCACCAGCACGGCGAGUAUCCCGAGCCCUCGCGACCCCCUGCUCCCGGAUGGCCGCAGCCGCUUCCUCGCUGGCGAAGCGGGCCGCGUCCUGGCGCCGCCUGCUCCUCUCACGCGCCUUCGGCACAGCCCCGCCCAAGCGGGUGCUCGUUCCGGUCGCCGCCGGCACGGAGCCGGUCGAGGCGGCCACCACGGCCGACGUCCUCAACCGCGCGGGCGCGCGGGUCACCGUCGCGACCGUCGCCUCCGCGCCCGCCGGGGACGAGGGCCUCCUCGUGGAGGCCGCCUACGGGGUCAAGCUCGUUGCCGACGGCCGCGUCGCCGACCUGGAAGGCGAGGCCUUCGACCUCAUCGCCCUACCAGGGGGAAUGCCGGGUUCAGCUAAUCUUAGAGACUGCAAAGUACUCGAGAAGGUGGUCAAGACGCACGCAGAGAAGGGGGGCCUCUACGGCGCCAUCUGCGCUGCGCCUGCAGUGACGCUGGCCCAUUGGGGCAUGCUUAAAGGCUUGAAGGCGACUUGUUAUCCAUCAUUUAUGGAGAAGUUCACUACUGAAGUGAUCCCUGUGAACUCAAGGGUGGUUGUAGACAGAAAUGCGGUGACUAGCCAGGGUCCAGGAACAUCAAUUGAGUUUGCUCUUGCUUUGGUGGAGCAGCUGUAUGGAAAAGAGAAGAUGGAGGAGGUUGCUGGACCUUUGUAUGUACACCCUCAACAUGGAGCUGAGUAUACGGUCGAAGAGCUUAAUCCAGUCGAAUGGAAAUGCGGUGGUACACCUCAGAUUCUUGUGCCAGUUGCUAAUGGCUCCGAGGAAAUGGAAGCUCUUAAUUUAAUAGAUGUGUUGCGCAGAGCAGGAGCAAAUGUUACUGUUGCAUCAGUUGAGGAUAAGUUGCAAAUUGUGACCCGUCGCCACAAGUUUAAUCUAAUAGCUGAUGUGAUGUUGGAUGAAGCUGCUAAAAUGAAAUUUGAUCUGAUUGUCAUGCCGGGUGGUCUUCCAGGUGCCCAAAAGUUUGCCAGUACAGAGAAACUUGUUGAUUUACUAAAGAAACAGGCAGAAUCUCGUAAGCCCUAUGGUGCAAUAUGUGCUUCUCCAGCUCAUGUCCUCGAGCCCCAUGGUUUACUGAAGGGCAAGAAAUCGACAGCAUUUCCGCCAAUGGCACACCUGCUUGCUGACCAGAGCCACUGUGAGAACAGGGUCGUGAUUGACGGUAACCUUAUCACUAGCAGAGCCCCAGGGACAGCGACUGAGUUCGCCCUGGCCAUUGUUGACAAGCUAUUUGGUCGAGAGAAAGCAGUCAGUAUAGCGAAGGAGUUGGUUUUCAUGUGAUUACAGACCGAGCUGGUCUUGUGUGCAUCUUGUGGAUAACCUGUUAGUGAUGCCUCGGUGUACAGCAUACUGUAAACUGAAUGGUGGAUUGCAUCACCUUCUCCAUGGGCAAAUUGGAGUUAUCAUAGUGGAUUCAUCGAGGAAGUGAGGAACUGCAGUAAAUUCUCAGUAUCAGUUGUUAUGGUCGACAAAUUAUUUGCCCAUGUCAUUGAUGUUGCCUACCUGUAUACUAAACAUUUAUUAUGUUUUGCUGUCUUCUAUUAUUAACAAGAGUACUUGCAACUGUAGUAAA